UCUUAUAUAUUUUUCUCAGUAUUUGGCUUGUUUAGCUUAUUUAUUUUUUGCGUCCUGCCAACAUGGCCUCAUAUUAUUGGCAUAAUUCGAUCCAUGAACAAUUCCCGAUCACGUCCAGUGAUUCAAACUACGACAGAAUAUUUUAUUGCUCAAGAAAGCUGUUUCUAUAUCAUACUUUUACAUUCAAAUGCAGCUUUGUGUAUAGGAAUAACUGCAAUAGUAGCAACAGGAACAAUGCUGAUAGCGUAUCUUGAACAUAUUUGUGGAAUGCUUAAUAUCGCCAGUUACCGCAUUGAGCAGGCAAUUACAAUUAAUAUGCACCAAAAUGAUAACCAAGAGAAAAUGGUUAUAAUUCAUAAAAGGAUAAUCUGUGCGGUAGACAUUCAUCGUAAAGCUAUAGAGUUUUCUGAAAUUUUCAUGAAGAAUUUUGAGGGAUCAUAUUUUUCUUUAAUAGUGGCUGGUAUGAUUUGCUUAUGCAGUACUCUGGUUCAGAUUGCGUUGUACAAAAAUACCAUAGAGCAACUUAUGACACCGUUCUUAAUGUUAAGUGUCCUCUAUGUAUAUAUGUUUUUAUCAAAUCAUACUGCACAGAAAAUUACAGAUCACAAUGAAUACGUAUUUGCUACAGUAUACAAUGUUCCGUGGUAUAUAGCUCCGUUACAAAUACAAAAAAUGAUGUUAUUCUUGUUGCAAAAGGGCACUAAGGCUUUUCAUUUAAUCCUCGGUGGAAUAUUUAUUGUGUCCAUGGAAAGUGCCGCUACGUUGAUGGGUACUUCUAUAUCCUACUUUACUGUUUUUUAUUCUAUGUGGAAGAAUUAAGAAAAUAAAACAGUAUUGGUAAAAUAAUUAAGAUCAAAUUUAUAUACAAAAGAAAACAGCAUGAAGGUGAAAGGGAAAGGUAAAGAACAAAGAUGUAGAAAAGAAGAAGUUGUUGAAUUGAUUAAGACCAUCCGGUCCUUAUGCUUCAGAUAGUCCUGUUAAAUAUCAUUUCGACAAGUAUAUAGAAAGUUAUUAUUGUUCAAAUAAAAAGUAGACAUAUUCUAACUUGUUAUAAGUACAAAAUUAAAUAUAUGCAUGUACAUACAAUAUAAAAUUUUAUCGUUUCUAUUAAAUUGUUUCUAAGAAACAAUUCUAAGAAAAGAAUAGUAUUUACUACGCUUGCACAGAAACAGCCCUUGGACUUCGGCCGUGUCAAACUUCUUUUAAAGAAGGUGUCGCAAAGCGAUUUUCUAAUAACGUAUUUUGUAAGUAAAUGCUGUGAAUAUUUAUCUCUGAGCGUCUUGACGAACGGACACGUAUGGUACACUUUCAGGCUGUAUUGUAUUUCGUGCGGAUAAAUGUUUCUGUGUUCCCCAUAAAUAUGGGGAACAUAGAACAAAUGUGAGUAUUCAUUCACUCGUGGUCCCGGAAAUGUGCGGGUGAGAGAGAGAGAGAGAGA